AUGCCGGCGCCUUACAUGGACGUUGUGGCGGCCCUGGGUGGCGUUGCGACUCACUUGUUGUACUUGAAUCGAGGAGAACAUCAUCGUCACGCCCUCCGCUACAUUCUGGCCGCGACAGCAUCUUUUCUAGCAGUGUCCAUCUUCAACUGGUCGCCUAUAUUUGUCAAAACGCCCAGUACAGACUGGCUAUCAGCCAUCAUUUCAUCAGCAAAAGCCCACGGAUGCUUCUUUCUCGGCCUCUACUCCAGUCUCGUCACAUACAGGCUCUUCUUCCACCCACUCAACAAGUUCCCAGGCCCCAUCGGCGCUCGCAUUUCAACUGGUUGGCUGAUAUGCCACUUCCGACGUCUCAAUGGAUGGCAACAAGUUGCUGCGCUCCAUGACAAAUACGGCCCAUAUGUACGGAUUGGCCCAUCCGAGCUGUCGGUGCGCGAUCCAAAAGCCGUCAAUGCCUUUCACGGGCUCAACUCGAAAUGCAGGAAAGAUCCUCACUACGACAUGACGCUGCCCAUGACAUCGGUUCACAUCUUUCGUGACAAGGCUCAGCAUGACCGCCGCCGCCGUGUGUGGAGCCAGGCGUUUGGCGAUCAGGCAUUGAAGGGGUAUGAGCAACGGAUGCAAAAAUAUCGUGAUAUGCUGUUUGACAAGAUUGCUGCUUCUAAUGGCCAGCCGAUGAACAUGGCCAGGUGGUUUCACUUUUAUAGCUUCGAUGUCAUGGGCGAUCUCGCUUUUGGCAAGCCGUUUGAUAUGCUCGAGACUUCUCAAAACCACCGAGCCAUCGCCAUGCUGGAAGCUGGAUUUGUGCCUCUUGGGCUCCAUCUCCCAGUGUGGCUCCUGGUGCUUGGAAUGAGCAUCCCCGCCUUGUCAAAGGCUUGGUUCGAGUUUGUCGACUUUUGCAGAGAGAGAUACCAAGCUCGGAUGAAGCACGAACCGGAUGUUCCCGACAUCAUGACCGCACUCCUGAAGCCGCUGGAAGGAAGGGAGCCUACCGCUGAAGAGGCAGAUUUAUUGACUGGAGACUCUCAGCUUGUAAUCACUGCAGGGAGUCACACAACGGCUGCGAGCUUGACCUCCAUCACACGCCUGCUUGCAAAGCAUCCGCAGCAUAUUACAAAGCUACGACAGGAGCUGGCGCCAUUUGUCCGCAACUCACAAAUUAUAGCGACUCAAGAUGAGAUGACGCGUCUCGAGCAUCUAAACGCAGUGAUUAAUGAGUCGCUUCGGCUCUACCCCCCUGUGCCAACAACGGUAUAUCGCCAAACACCCAGUGAGGGCAUCAUGAUUGAUGACGUUUACAUCCCGGGGAGCAUGUCUGUUAUAUCCCCGCAGUAUGCAAUCGGCAGAAAUGAAGAUGUAUACACAGAUGCCAAUUCAUUCAUUCCCGAGCGCUGGUAUCAAUUCCCAGACAUGAUUAAGAACAAGGAUGCGUUUGCUCCAUUUUCAACUGGCCCUUAUGGCUGCAUAGCAAAGCGCAUGGCCUUGAUGGACAUUCGUCAGGUGAUUGCGAGGCUCGUUUGGACGUUUGACUUUGACUUUGCUCCUGGGGAGGAUGGCGCCACCUUUGAGAAGGGGGUCGACGCAUUUAUCAUGACUUUUGGCGAGGUGAAUAUGACAUUUAAGCGUAGAGAAGCGUGA